CCAUCAUUAUACUCCGCCAUAACAAAAAAAAAAACCCACAAAAGUGUUCCCUUACAUAAUUAAAAUUCCUGUGAAGUGGGAUUGAUGGGUUGAAUUGCUAAAAGGUCAAAACAAGUCGACACAAUAAAGUAAGCAAAUAAUAAUAUUAAUUGUGAAUAACCCACCUCAUUAAAUCUAUCCAAUCGCCAGCAAAAUCUCCGACAACUACUACGCCGCGAAAAUGUACGCGCAUCAAAGUGUAAUGCCGACGGCAGCACGCCGUCGCAGUCACGACCGUCCCGCCGCCUCCAGCAACACAUUAAUCUGUGCCAUAUUUGUCGCCGCGUUCACUUGCCUCACACCACCAAUCGCAGUGCGCGCUGUACAUCGUUACGAGCAGACGCCCGUCGAAGCCAGCCCCUAUUAUCGCACCUCCGCUUCGGGUGAAAUGAUAAGCUCAUCAGCCAUGACGAGCGAUGCAUUUCCGCAUCACAAUCGCUGUGAACCGAUUACCAUAUCGAUUUGUAAAAAUAUACCCUACAACAUGACAAUAAUGCCGAAUUUAAUCGGUCACACAAAACAGGAGGAAGCCGGUUUGGAGGUGCAUCAAUUUGCGCCACUCGUCAAAAUCGGUUGUAGUCCCGAUUUGCAACUCUUUCUGUGUUCGUUGUAUGUGCCCGUUUGUACGAUACUCGAACAGCCGAUACCGCCGUGCCGUUCGUUAUGUGAAUCGGCGCGUAUUUGUGAGACACUCAUGAAGACAUACAAUUUCAAUUGGCCGGAGAAUUUGGAAUGUUCGAAAUUUCCCGUAAAUGGUGGUGAGGCUUUGUGUGUAGCGGAGAAUACUACAUCUUCGACACCGACACCGACGCGUAGUAUACCGAAAGUGACGCCGCGUAAGAAUUAUGCCGACGGUCCGCAUCGCAAUAUCGGUUUUGUGUGUCCGGUGCAAUUGAAGACGCCCCAAGGGAUGGGCUAUGCGCUGAAAGUGGGCGGAAAGGAAUUACGUGAUUGUGGCGCGCCUUGUCAUGCCAUGUUCUUUCCGGAAAAAGAGCGUACUGUUCUACGCUACUGGGUUGGCUCUUGGGCGGCGGUUUGUGUGGCGAGUUGCCUAUUUACGGUGCUGACCUUUCUCAUUGACUCGUCGCGUUUUCGCUAUCCGGAGCGUGCUAUUGUUUUUCUUGCCGUUUGUUAUCUCGUUGUGGGUUGCGCGUAUGUCGCCGGUUUGGGUGCGGGCGAUUCGGUGGCGUGCCGUGAACCCUUUCCGCCACCGGUGCGUCUUGGACGGCUGCAGAUGAUGUCGACGAUAACGCAGGGUCAUCGCCAAACCACCGCUUGUACCGUUUUAUUUAUGGCCCUCUACUUCUGCUGCAUGGCCGCCUUUGCUUGGUGGUCAUGUUUGGCGUUCGCUUGGUUUUUAGCCGCCGGCCUUAAAUGGGGUCACGAGGCGAUCGAAAAUAAAUCGCAUUUAUUUCAUUUAGUCGCUUGGGCAAUACCAGCGCUGCAAACAAUUUCGGUGCUGGCAUUGGCGAAAGUUGAAGGCGACAUACUCUCCGGCGUCUGUUUUGUCGGCCAACUGGACACACACUCACUGGGUGUCUUCCUCAUACUGCCACUUUGCAUUUAUCUCUCAAUCGGUGCACUCUUUUUACUCGCCGGUUUUGUGUCACUCUUUCGCAUACGCACCGUUAUGAAAACAGAUGGCAAGCGUACGGAUAAACUGGAGCGACUCAUGAUGCGUAUUGGUUUCUUCUCGGGUCUCUUCAUAUUGCCAGCGCUCGGCUUUCUCGGCUGCCUCUUCUACGAAUACUACAAUUUCGACGAAUGGAUGAUACAAUGGCAUCGCGACAUCUGCAAGCCCUUCUCCAUACCAUGUCCGCAGCAACGUUCAGAUGGCUUGGAGUCACGACCGAUCUUCCAGAUUUAUAUGGUCAAAUAUUUGUGUUCAAUGUUGGUGGGCGUAACGUCCAGCGUGUGGCUGUACUCGGGUAAGACGAUGGUGAGUUGGCGAAAUUUCGUGGAGCGACUGCAGGGAAAGGAUCCGCGUACGCGUGCUCAGGCUUAUGUUUAGUUUAAUUUAAAUGUGGCAUUAGUUGUGUAAGUGUAGACAGUUUUUAAGUGUGUUUGUGUGUGAGUGUGUAUGUUUGUGUGUAUUUAUAAGUUGUGUAAAAUGUUAAAAAACUAUGUAAAAUUGUACGUCUUAAACUUCCAGUAAAAUCAGUGCUCAUACAUAUAAGGCAUUAACUCAAACGCGAACCGCUCAGCAUCUAUUUGAGCUCAUAGAUUUGAGUGAAAACCAAAAUUUAAUUUUAAGCGCAAACUAAAAUUACUUUAAAAUUCGUGUAAAAAUAUAAAAAAAAAAUCCUACGCAAUGAGAUUAUUUCGUUCGUUUAUGAGGGUGUUUGAGUGCUUUAAUAGGCAUUGAGUGAGUGUUAAAUGUAUAUUUGAGUAAAACCUCUAAGUAAUUUAAAUUUAAAUUAAGAAACUUUUGAGUGCAAAUGUUCAAAUACAAAUGGUGUGUUAAAAAGCUCAGCGAUUUCUGAAUUUUAUAAAAAAAAAUUUAUAUAUAUAUAUAAAUCAAAAUUAAUUCAUUAAGUAAAUUAUUUCUAAGUUUCGAGUGCUUCUAAUGUAUGUACUAGUGUUUGUAAAAAUUUUAAACAAAGUUCGUACCAAUUAAUAUUAAGCGACAUCAAUUGUAUUUAGUUUAUAGUUUAAAAAGCUUUACAUGUGCCCUAAAAUCUAGCUGUAAA